AAAUGAAAUCGUUAUCUCGCUGGUUCGCCGCAUCUUUAAUCGCAAUUUUAACAUUUUUUUCAGCAAUAGAAGUUUCAUCCUCUGAAAGUUUGGAUUUUAUUUAUACGUCUGCUCUUUCCAAGGGCACCGUAUCCACAAAAACUCUCUCCAAGUCAAACAGUACAAUUCAAUAUGGAGACUCAACAGGAAGAGACUUGAAGAUAAUUUGUUAUACAACCAAUGAAAGGGCCACAUUUUCUAAACUAUGGAUGUCUACAUGUUUUCACAUAGAGUCAGAAGGGGUUUUCAAUGCGUACUACGGUCGAAAUGCCAGCACGACGUACCAGGCAUUCACAAAUCCUUCAUUCUCGAUCCUAAGGUACCUUAUUGGAAACUUUCACAGCUACUGUUUCAGAUCAUUUGAGGACACCUGCCUAGGUCUUGAAACCAACAGUCCAAUCUCUGUUACACUGGUUAUAGAGGAUGUCAGCAAUAGGCUUUUGAUCAUUUUCUCUGUUGCUGCAACUGUUUUCAUUCUAGCUGAAUGCCUCAGCAAGUCAGCCAUUUUUCAGUACCUCAUAGGAACCAUGGUGGGUGUCAUAUUCUUCACAUUUGUCAUAUGUGCCUUACUUGCUAGAGCGUUUCCUAACCGUCUGCCCAUGGUGACAGUCUUCUUGAUAGCCUUCACGGGAACGACAACCUACAUGAUGAGCCUUUUUUACAACAAUCUCUACCACAUAAUCGACACCUACUUCCUCGAGAUCCUUGUCUACCUCACUCUCACUGGCAUGAUAAGUUUCAGUGGAGCCUACCUCUACGGGCCCAUCAGAAACCCUCGGGCCCAGAGAUUGCUGCAGUGGUUCUUGCAGAUCGUUGCCCUGGUCGUUCUCUACAAUACGAUGAGUUGUUCUUAUUUGGCUCUGGCUGUGUGCGCCACGGUCUGUGCACUAACCUUCUUCUGUGGACAGAUGUUGACCACGCCAUCUGCUGCUGCUGCUGCUGCUGUUGCUGUUGAUGGCGACGGAGGCAGUUGUAGACACCACAGCAAUUCAUCAAAUGAUUGAUAUUUCAUUUAUUUCAUGCAUUUUUUUUGUUUGUUUUUUUGGCUCAGACAAAAUUUUUUUUGUGAUAAUUUUCAAUGCUUCAAGUUAAUUUUUCAUGCUUCUCAAAAAAGUUUAUUAUGCAUAGCUCAUGAACAAAAAACUCUAGUCAUUUUCAUUUUCAUACUUUGUUGACAUUCCACAUGCAUCUUCAUACAUUUUUGUCACUUGCCAUCUCAUUUGUAAGACCUGCCAGUCUAUUGAAGCUGGAGAAUUUUCCACUUAUCCCAAUCAAUAAAACAUUCCACACUUUGUACAACGUAUAUGUAUGCGUAUGUUUGUGUGCGUGUGUGUGUGUGUGUGUGUUUAACUGUGUACGGUGAAAAGUCCCAAUGUGUGCACAUGUGUAUGUGACCUAAUUUGUGUGGUGUGUUGGGUUGUGUGCCUUCGUUUUUACACGAGUACUUUGAUAUGUGUAUAAAUAUUUUGUCUCAUUUCUUUUUGUUUGUUAACUUAACAGAGGUAUGAUUUUUUUUUCUCACCGUACUGUGCCUUAAAAUUUAAUUUAGCUGGAGAUGAAACAACUUUCCCACACAUCACUGAAUUAUUAUGACGUCUGCAUCUAUCAUUUCAUUUUGAUCGUUUGUUUAGGUUUUUGUAGUUUUUUCCAUUACCAUUUUUUUGUGUUGCUCAGUUGUUCGUUCCUUCAUUAGCGAUAUCUUUCUAACUCUGUAUGAUAAUAUUUUUGUUUUGUUCCUACAUUAAGUGGUUAAAAUUAAAUUAAAUUCCUACAUUAAAUGAUUUCAUAAAAA